AGCCAUGUCCAUGAGUAGCGCAUCCAUACGGACACCCUCCACACUCCAAGACGACGACACCCAACACUUCCAGCCAGCCAUCAUCAAGCCAAAACCACCCAGCUACCUCCAACGCAUCAAGUACCAGUACGAUGUCAAUUUCGGACUCUACAUGCUUACCCCUGCUGAACAACUCAUCAUCAAUGCAACCCUCACGUUACUCAUGGUGUUGCUCUGUUUUGCCAUCUACACAUCCAUGCCGAGUCAUGCAAAACUCAUGGUCGCGCGCUUCUGGUACUAUAUCGAGGGACGUGUCGAUCGCGUACUUGAACGGACCAUGCUCGGGGAACCAAAAUUGACGACAGGCGAUAGACAGGCCUUUGCAAGAGCGGCAGGUGCAGCGAGGGGUGAGCUAUAGUCA